AUGGCGAAAAACUAUAUUAUCGAGCAUAUGGAGGAGGGUAUGCAUGACUGGUGCAAGCUGGAGUAUGAGCACAUGGUCGCGGUCUGUGGACCAGAACAUGUCUAUUUCACAGCAUUGACGCCAACGACUCUCGCAGAUAUGCCAGAGUCCCUGGCGAGGGCUCAUUGUCAUACUGAAGAUAUAUUGACCAUGGGUGAUCGUAUCCCUCACGAGAAGGUCUGCCUUCUCGAUCCUGCUUCGCCCGAUGUCUUGAGCCCAGAGGAUGGCGACAAAUUUGAUUUCUUCUUGUUUGGCGGUAUCCUAGGAGACGAUCCACCAAGAGAUCGCACCGGCGAAUUGAGAAAACUUGGAUUCGCAACCCGCCACUUGGGACCAGUCCAGAUGACAACAGAUACGGCCCUCAAUGUCACUCGUCGCGUCGUCGAAGGACGAGUCCCACUGGACAAGAUUCCGUUUGUCGACCACCCAGAGAUCAAGCUACGCAAGAAGGAGACGGUGACAAUGCCCUUCAGAUAUAUUAUCAAGGAGUCAUCGGCAUCAGAGGAGGAGACAGCAUCAACGACAGACGAGGCAGCAAGCAAGAAAAAAUCAAAGAAGUCAAAGCAACCCGAGCCAUUGCUUCCGCCAGGCAUGAUUGAGUUGUUGAAGAAGGAUAACGACACUGCUCUGGAUCUGUUUUGA